AACAGUGUUUUGAUCUACUAAAUAUGAAAAUAUUAACUGGAAAAGAGUAUGGUAAUAACAAAUACACUUUUUUUUUAUUAAUAAUAAAAUUUGAGAAGUGCCCUAUAAAAUUGUACACAGAAUUUACCCUGUCAAGGAGUUGCUUGAACAUUUCCAUUUGAAUAUUGAAAACUGAUGCGAAUUUUGUGGCAAUGCCAAAGAAUCAGUGACUCAUCUUUUUUUAAUUGUAUAUAUUAAAAAAAAAAUGUGUUGGUUGGAUGUAAUUUAUUAAUUUAAUUUAUUAGAUCGUGUAUACAAAUAGAUCUGUAUGAUGUGGUCUUUAUUUAUUUAUUUUUUAUUCCAAAUGCACCAUGUGCUUCUUUAUACAACUUUUUAUUUUACUUGGAAAAUAUCACAUUCAUAGUUAGCACUUAAUAUUUCUGUAUAUGGCCAAAUCAUUCACAAAAUCAUACAUUAAGGAAUGUUUACGCUCAGGCUCGAAGCGUCUAAGCCAAUAAGAUUUGCUGAAUUAUCAACCAAUGAAAUUGUGCCCCGCCCCUUCGUCCAGACCGCUUGGAAUCGUGAAUCGUGGAACGCGUUAUUGUGACGUCACAGUGCGCGCAGCCGCUUCAUAAAUCGAGUCAGUCGAAACUCUUUGUCGGAGUUUAAAGCUGCUCUUUGGUCUCUUGCGAUCGAUCUGUAGUACUGAGUGUUACAAGUCUACCGCUAGAACCAACAGGCAAAUACAGUGUUCACAGCUCGUUGAGAUGGAGCAUCUGGCGACUGUUACAUUGGACACUAUGUUUGCCAACUUUCCACUGGAGCUGGAAAGCUGCAGCAGCUUGGACUCGUUCGAGGACGCUCAAGUUGAGCCGCUGAGUGGCGCUGUGAAGCCGGCUGACAGAAAGGCCUGCAGUAGCAGCUGCCAACGGCUCCCGACAGAGGCGCCUCGACCACCGGCUGUCCCUACAGUCGCCUGGGAGGACGAUUCAACAGAAAAGCACACACAAGGGAGGAAGUCUAAGAAAGAAUCCAUCCAAACCCAGGAAGAAACCCAAGUGUGUGCUUUUGUGCCUGAGGAUCCAUCGCAGGAGCUUCCACACACAUCCGGCGUGGAUCCGACAGGCACAGAUCCGCGGGAGUCUGAGCCAACAGACAAAAAGGGCACAAAAUGGAGGAAAUUCCUUGCUGGCCUCCGGAGAGCGUGGAAGUCGAUAAAAGGAUCCUUCCAAACCCAGGAAGAAACCCAAGUGUGUGCUUUUGUGCCUGAGGAUCCAUCGCAGGAGCUUCCACACACAUCCGGCGUGGAUCCGACAGGCACAGAUCCGCAGGAGUCUGAGCCAACAGACCGAUCCUUUGAAUCUCUUUAUGAUGUGGUAAAGAAACUGAAGUCGAGACGUGGUGUCAGUUAUCAUCUAGGAUUUCGAAACUCCGAUGACAAACGAGUAUUGAUCAAAUUUAUUAAGAAGAACCGGCCUGAGAAACUAGUGGAAUUGCCUGGGUAUUCCAACCCUUUAAGUCAAGAGGCAGCUGCAAUGUUGAUGGUGCAAAAGCCUCCAACUAGCGAGCAUCUCGUACAACUAUAUGAUCACUUUGUCAUGGAAGAUCAAGACAUCUUGAUUAUGGAGUAUCCACGUUCCUACAUCAGCCUGUUUGAUUAUGUCCAACGAAACAGCAGUAACCUGACCGAAACCGAGGUGAAACUCAUCAUUCAGGGGCUCAUUGUUGCUCUUCAUCACUGCAUGAGUCGUGGUGUUUAUCGUCGCACGCAUAUGAAAAACAUCCUUGUCCACACAAAUACCCUGCAUGUAAAGCUGAUGGACUUUGGAGGCGCACUGCUCGUCGAAGAAAGACGAGAUGAUGAACCUCUAUUAAUCAGUGCAAUCAGAAAAUAUGCUGAAUGGGCAACAACUGAGGACUUACGCAUACUGCUGGAUCUGAUGGUCCCGAGAAUAACUCGUUGCUUUUGGAUGAGACCACGCGUGUCCAAAGAAUGCCUGGAUCUUCUUGAGCACCUUCAUGAUGUAAAGUCACGGAUGACGUUACAGGCUAUGUUGAAGCAUGACUGGUUUAAAAGAAAAACUGAAGCAUAAGAAAAGUUCCCCUGCAUUGGCAGCUCAGGGCCUAUAGUUCAGCUGUAUGGGUCAUCAGCCGGGGACGGUUCACGCUUUAACCCUGGAGCGUGGAUAAGACCACGUGUGUCCAAAGGUGAGACCAACAACAGGUUCCCCUGCAUUGGCAGCUCAGGGCCUAUAGCUCAGCUGCGGGGUCAUCAGACUGGGACCCCGGGGACGGUUUACGGCUUUAACCCCGGGACGUUCCCCUUCCACCCCUGCAUGAUGACACUCAUGGCAACUGUCCUCUACUUGUGAACUGUUUGUGUGCCACCAACCCUCUCAGAACAUUAUCGCGUCCCACUGAUAGCAGUGCGAGCCCCACCUUGCAGCCUGACAGGAUGUGCUGGAGGCUUACAUUUGGACUCCGUUCUUCCAGGCCAGGCCACCAUGUUUCAGACAAGCGUCGUGGCAAGCCCAGCCAUUUUCCUGAAUUACUGUGGACAGUGGAUUUCACACAACUUCAGUGUCACACAGUUUAACGCCACACCUUGUACUUGCCUGGAAGCUGGCUUUAAUCAAUCCUUCCUUAGUGAAAAAAUAGCACAAUUUAUUCAAAUGUAAUUUAGUGUAACUAAAUGUAUUUGUGGCACACUGUAAAUUGUUAUACUUAAAGUCUGUUCAAGUGGAUCAACUCAUUUUGUACUAAAUGCAUUUUAGUUGUCCAAAAGCAGUGCUGAAGUUCAGGUUGUAUUAAUUGUAAACUUGAAGUGUGCUAAUGGCAUCAUUAUUGUGUGAUUCUAAUACAAUAAAGUGAUCUUUAAAAA